GUUGUUUCCAGUCGGCUUGUUUAUGCGGACGUACCAGUCUCGCCCAACAACAUAUACAUAGAAAAGAUAACCAGGUCAGGUCAUGGAGUUUGCAGAGUUGAUAAAGACACCCAGGGUGGAUGGGGUUAUCCUACAUCGGCCUUUCCUGCCCACUGUGGAGGGGACCCUGUGUUUGACUGGACAUCACCUGAUCCUCUCCUCCAGACAGGACAACACUGAGGAGCUGUGGCUGCUUCACUCAAACAUUGACUCCAUAGAGAAAAGAUUUGUGGGGUCUCUGGGGAGCAUCAUAGUCAAAUGCAAAGACCUGAGGGUGAUCCAGCUCGACAUUCCUGGCAUGGAAGAGUGUCUCAACAUUGCCAGCUCUAUUGAGGCUCUGUCCACGCUUGACUCUCUCUCCCUGAUGUACCCUUUCUUCUACCGGCCCAUGUUUGAAGUCAUAGAAGAUGGCUGGAAUUCAUUUCUACCAGAGGAUGCCUUUAAAGAUUUGGAGUCCAUGACAGAUGAGUGGAGACUGAGUGAGGUCAACAAGGACUUCACUGUCUGUUCAUCAUACCCCCCUCUAGUGGCGGUUCCCAAAGAUGUUGAUGAUGACACACUGAGGAAAGUAGCUACCUUCCGUCACAGUGGCCGUUUUCCAGUUCUUAGCUACUACCACAAGAAGAAUGGCAUGGUGAUGAUGCGAGCAGGGCAGCCUCUGACAGGCACCAACGGGCGACGAUGUAAAGAAGACGAGAAGCUGAUCAAUGCCACGCUGCGACCGGGCAAACGAGGCUACAUCAUCGACACGCGCACCAUCAAUGUUGCCCAGCAGGCCAAAGCUCGAGGUGGAGGAUUCGAGUCUGAGGCUAACUACCCCCAAUGGAGGAGGAUUCACAAGGCAAUCGAAAGGUCUAACAUCCUCCAGGAGAGCCUGAUAAAGCUGGUAGAGGCGUGUAACGACCAGUCGCACAGUAUGGACCGCUGGUUAAGCAAGCUAGAGGCCUCCAACUGGCAGACUCAUGUCAAGGAGAUCCUCACCACCGCCUGCCUGGCUGCCCAGUGUAUCGACAGGGAGGGAGCGUCAGUCCUCGUUCACGGUACAGAGGGGACGGACUCCACCCUGCAGGUGACCUCCUUGUCUCAGAUCAUCCUCGAUCCGGCCUGCAGGACCAUCAGAGGCUUCCAGGGCCUGGUGGAGCGAGAGUGGCUCCAGGCGGGUCACCCGUUCCGGCAGCGCUGCGCCCAGUCGGCCUUCUCCAACAGCAAGCCCCGUCAGGAGGCUCCCGUCUUCCUUCUCUUCUUGGACUGUGUGUGGCAGAUCCUUCGCCAGUUUCCUUGUUCCUUUGAAUUCAGCGAGAGCUUCCUGGUGCUGGUCUUUGAACACGCCUAUGCUUCUCAGUUCGGCACCUUCCUGUGCAACAGUACAAAUGAGAGAACCAAACUGUCUCUGCCUGAGAAGACUGUGUCCCUUUGGUCGUGGGUGAACCGGCCCCAAGAACUGGAGCGUCUGACCAACCCGCUCUACGAGGCCAACAGUCUCGUGAUCUGGCCCUCUGUGGCCCCUCAGAGUCUGCUGCUGUGGGAAGGAGUGUUCCUUCGCUGGAACCGCUCUUCCAAGUGUUUGGACGAGGCCUAUGAGGAAAUGGUUCACAUAAUUGAAUACAACAAGGAGCUUCAGAACAAAGUUAACAGCCUGCGCAGGCAGCUGGCACAGCUGGAAACUGAAGAUCCUCUGCUGCAGACGCCAUAGAGAGAGAGAGCGAGAGAGAGAGAGAGAGAGAAAGAGAGAGCGAGAGAGAAAGAGAGAGAGCUGUGAAAGGAAACCAGAUGGAAGAAUGAGGUAAAAAAUUUGAAAAUCUAACUAAAUACAUUAACCGAUCAAUGUCCCACUUGUAGGCUUUGGUUAGGUUCUUCUCAGAUACAGGAGAAUAUAUCAUUCAAACUGUUUUUUGUAUAUGAUUGAUGAUGAAACAUUUUGGUUUCCCUCACGGAUAAAAAAUGAAAUGGAAUGGCACUAGACCCAGAUUAAUUUAAAAAUCACCCACUUUCCGAUUUUUCUGUUCAUGCAGUUAUCUU